GCGUCCGAGCUGGAAGUUGUCUGCGGCGGCGGUGUGGCGGCGGCUGAGGAAGAGGCAGAGGAAGAUGGCAGAUUUUUUGAAAGGAUUACCCGUCUACAACAAAAGCAAUUUUAGUAGAUUUCAUGCUGAUUCUGUGUGCAAAGCCUCGAAUAGACGGCCUUCAGUCUAUCUCCCCACCAGAGAAUAUCCAUCAGAACAGAUUAUCGUAACAGAAAAGACAAACAUUCUUUUACGUUAUCUUCAUCAGCAAUGGGACAAAAAGAAUGCUGCAAAGAAGAGAGACCAGGAACAAGUAGAACUAGAAGGUGAGAGUUCCGCGCCCCCCCGAAAAAUCGCCAGGACAGACAGCCAGGACAUGAACGAAGACACUUAGGACUCUUGCUUUCCCUCGACAGCUCGUCUGCAGGCGCUUCCUGUCUUGUUUCAUCACAGUGUGUAAGCCCCUUCCCUCCGCACUAUGCAGCCCAAACCACUUCUGACUUCAUAGGAGCCAAUGUAUUUAUUUCCGUAAUUUUUAUUUAUGUUGUAAAAUGUAUGGAGUGAUGGUCAAAAGCAAGUCAUCAGAUGGUGUAGUGUAACAUUGGUAGAUGCUUUUAAAAAAAAAACAUGGUCACUUUUUUUUCCCCCAGGUUUUACUAGAUCUGUUACUUAAUUAACUUGGAAGUAGCUGGGAAAAGGUGGGAGCCAAGCACAGCCUGCUGUGUCUGUCCCCUCUAGGGCCAGGGCCUUGCCUAGUCCCAGGGUCUGGGGGUGGGGGUUGGAUGACAGUGCUCCCCUGAGUCUCCCAGGCCUUACCCACAAGCUUCCUCUGGGACCUCCCAAUGGCAGGGCCCCUAGGAGGCUCCACCCUCAGCCUCAGAAACUGUUGGGCCCUUCUCUGAUGGAGUCCGUCAGUUUAGAAGGCUCACUGUGGGCUUCUCUUGGGCCCCCUGGGCACUUGGCAAAGGCCACGUGUUUGGGCAGUAUUGAGUGCCCCACCUGCAGGGCCUCCAUUCCAGGAAGCUGGAGUUAACAACUCCUUGUUUUUUUGUUUUUUUGUGUUUUUUUAAAUUCCCCCCCUCCCCACAUCAUUUUAAUAAGGACUGGUGUGUUCAACUUCUCCAAUCAAAUAAAAGGAUAUUUCUUAUCCCACCUUGA